UUGAAUAACAUGAAAUAACAUAACCCUGCUAAUUUUUGAAAUUGUGAACUUUGUUUUUAUUGAAAGGAUAUUAUCUAUAAUGGAAAUGGAUUCAAAUACAGAUUGCAGCAUGCCAAUAUCCAAUUUUGGUAAUCUAACUAGACCAGAUGGUUCAACAAUAUAUAGCCAAGGUAAAAGCACUGUUAUUGCUGGAGUGUAUGGACCAAUUGAUGUUAAACCACAGAAAAUGUUAAUAGAUAGGGGAAGUGUUGAAACUUUCUUUAGACCGAAAAGUGGUUUACCAGGUGUUGGAGACCGAUUGUAUGAGACAAUAAUAAGAAACAUAUGUGAAACAGCUUUAGUAUCAACAUUAUAUCCUAGGUCUGGAAUACAAGUAGUAAUUCAAGAAAUGCAAAGUGGAGGUGAACUGAUCUCAUGUUCUGUAAAUGCUGCUUGCUUAGCAUUGCUAGACUCUGGCAUUGAUAUGAAGUUCUUAAUUGCUGCUGCUACAUGUUGCUUGGAUCAAGAAGGUUAUUUAAUUGUAGAUCCAACUGAACUGCAACAAGAAAAAGCCAAAGCUACAUUUGUGUUUGUUUUUGAGAGUUCAGAAGGGAGAAUCGUUGCAUCUCACACAACAGGUACUUUCAAAUUAGAACAAUAUGAGCAAGCGCUUGACCUCUGCAAGAAAGGAAGUGCAAAAAUAUUUGAAUAUUACAGGAAAGUAAUUAAUGGGAAAUACAAUAAGAAAUAAAUACUUUUUUUUGU